AAAGCCCCAAUAGGGUUAAGAACAAAACCAUUGGAGGGUUUUGGAGGUUUAACCGGGGCCGCCGGUGAGCUUCAGUUCUCUUAUUCCCUGCCGGAAAGGUCAGAUUCUGUCUUUGGGGUCUCGUAAAAGAGGUUAGUGAGUGAGACUUUUGAGUUUUAAUUCCCAUGAUUUAUUCCAUCUUUAGAACUAGUCUUCUUCAUGGGAGGCAAGCCAUGGCUUCCUCUCAAAGUUUCAAUCUUUCAGUCACUAAAAUAUCAACUACUCUUAGAUUCUUCUCCAUUAGCUCAAAUGAACACUCCUUUACAGUUACAUACCUUAUAAACAAAUGUGGGUUCUCCCCAGAAUCGGCAUCACGGACUUCAAAUUAUGUUCAUUUUGAAACCCCUGAAAAGCCCGAUUCUCUGAUUAUUUUCCUGGAAAAUCACGGGUUUUCGAAAACCCAAAUAAAAAAUCUAAUCAAAAGACAACCAAAAUUGCUUUAUUCUGAUACUGAGAAAACCCUUUUGCCCAAAUUAGAGUUUCUUUACUCCAUAGGUUUUUCAAGGCCUGAGCUUGCUAAGCUCUUGAGUGAUUAUCCUACAUUGUUGAGAGCUAGUUUAGAGAAACGAAUUAUCCCUUCAUUUAAUUUACUUAGGAAUUUGUUUCAAUCUGAUGAUAAGGCUAUUAAGUCUAUAAAACGAUUUGCUGGUAUUCUUGUAUCCGAUUUUGAGAAGAAUUUGCUUCCGAAUAUGAAUAUUUUGAGAGGAAUUGGAGUCCCCGAAUCGAAUAUUCUUUUGCAGCUUCAUCGUAAGCCUAGAACACUGAUGUUUAAUCCGGUUCGACUUGAGGAGAUUGUUGAGGAAGUCAAAAGAAUGGGGAUAGAUACUUCGAGGAAGAAGUUUCUCGAUGUGGUUUUCGCUAUGAAAUCAAUGACCAAAUCCACAUUAGAGAAGAAGAUUGAUGUUUAUAAGAGAUGGGGUUGGUCUGACCAAGAGAUUCACGAAGCUUUCCGAAGGUAUCCGUUGUGUAUGACGGUUUCGGAAGAUAAGAUCAUGGCUAUAAUGGAUUUUCUGGUGAACAAAAUGGGCUACAGUUCGACUCUCGUUGCCAAACAAUCGAGUGUUUUAUCACGGAGUUUAGAGAAGAGGAUUGUCCCGAGGGCUUUGUUUGCUCAAGAAUUGUCAUCAAAAGGUUUGGUUAAUGACUUUAAAUUGUCUGUAUUGUUUGACACAUCGGAGAAGACAUUCAACAAGAUGUUUGGUGACUGUUUCGUAAAGAAAGCACCCGAGCUCUUGAAGCUAUACAAAGAAAAUGUUGAGAAGUGAAUUAAUGUAGACUGCAGCGUUAGUGUUUUUCGUGCUGUGCUGCCUUGAUUUUGGUUCAUUCUUUUGAUCUGAAGCUUGUUGUAGUUGUUUUAUUGUCUUCCAUUAAUGAAACCUUAAGCUCAACAUGUUUGCUGUUUGAUUAAGUCUUGUUGGUUUGAAGUGCAUCUAAAUAGGUCUCGAAUUAGCGUCUUUGAUAUGCAGCAUGACCCGAAGUUUAUCUCGGUUUGGUAAUACAGUCACCCUUACGAGAUGGCAUUUGAUAAGUUCGGGACUCGAAUUUUAGCGUUUGUAAUCGCGUAAUGAGUUUCGUUUUACAGCUUUGUUAAUCUUCAUUUCUCUAAAUGCAAGUGUGAAACGAGUUUCAUUUGCAA